AUUUAUUAUCAUAUAGAACAAAGAGUAAGACAAUAUCACUGACCCCGUAAAUAUAGCUGAAGGUGUUGGGUUAUACAAGAAAGAUUGCAUAUGAGUAUUGGAUGAAAGUAUUAUUGAGCAAGGAAGAAUAUUAGAAAGCAAGAGAAGCUGUUGGAUUUCAUUAAAAAGUCUUAUAGAAAACAAAAGUGUCAUACUGCUUAUUGCAAUCGUUUGAUCUUAUAUAGGUGGCCAUCACCUACAUUAGUAUUUAUACUAUCUGAUGGUCUCCCCAAUAAAGAAAUUAACGUGAAAACUAGGAUAACAAGUAGAUGACAUGCCAUUAAGAACAUUGGCCAGAUUCUUGGCAAAUGAGGAAUUAGUGGGCAGGUUGGCAAACAGUUACGUGAUUCGUCGUCUUGCUGAACUUACACAUCAAACUUACAUCAAAGCUACACAUGCUGGUCAAAAAUCCUUGGACAAAUUUACUACAACAAAAGAGGCUCAACAACAAAUGCAUAAUCGAGGUCAGCACUCCUCAUCAAUGAUGGCCACCCGAGUAUUGAGGCGAUUUUUAGACAAUUUGAGGAAAGAAAUCGAGAAAAAGAAUCGAAGAUGAUAGGAGCGUGCACAUUUUAAAGGGAGAUUUGUAUAUCGCCACAGAAGGAGAGGGUAUAAUGACAUCAUAGGAGAAGAGUUUAUCUUCAAGAAGACUUUGUUAUCGAUCAUAAAAUUAUUGUAUUUGGAUAGUUUUUUUCACUAAAUGGCUUCAAUCGAGCUUCUUAUUUCCUUGUAUUUUUUUAGUGGAAAAUAAAAUCAUCGCUUUUCUUGAAAAGUGAACAAGAAGCAACUUGAAUCAUCACGCUUUUGUUUGCGAUUUUUGUAAAAGCAAAAUUGUGAGAGAAUAAAAUUGCUGUAUAUUUCGAUUGAGUUUAUACCGUACCUAUAUUUUCCGAUAUUUCUGUUGCAUGACAGUGUGAAUAGGAUCCUACAGCAAUUUUAGAAUUAAAUUGUUAGAAUUUAAAUCAAAAGUUAAAAAUUGUUAUUUUACAGAACAGAUUUGUGCAAAGCCUA